AUGGCUUCAAAUUUAUGGAAUUUGAAUUUCCAUCAUUCCCAAAUGGGCAGACUCGCGCCGCGGGCUGUGAGCUUGGUGCGUCCAAAUAUAAUUACGAUCGCACAACUGCGCUAUAGUUCAACCCACGAUGCAAAGCCCGAUAAAAACCCUCAAAGCUUAGAUAGGCUGCACAAAUUUAUAGCUAAAUCCCGCUUCUUGACAAAACUCAACGAGAGACCCAAAUUUCGUGCAUACUUCGAGAAGCUGGGUAAGACAAAUCCGGUGAGCACUGUAUCUUCCUUUUUGAUCAUGCACGAAAUAACCGCUAUUGUGCCCCUAUUUGCCUUCUGGUGGGCCCUAUAUACUUUGAAUUUCGAUGAACAGUACGACCUCCCGGUAUACUUCAAGGAUUUGCUGGAUCGUUGCGGAGAAGUAAUUGAAAAGUUAGUUGGUGAUCAUGACAAAGGGUUUGACCGCAAUCGUCUCGUUCUAUCAGGAGCUUUGUCCUAUGCUAUCGUGAAGCUGUUAUAUCCUUUGAGAAUACUAGUGAGCAUGUGGGCGGCACCGUUUUUCUUGAGGUGGUGCUUGACACCAUUUCGCAUGCUUGGAAGGAAGCUGAGGUCCGACAAACCGAGCGAUCUAACGAAAAUCGAUAAGUAG